ACCGCGAGGUUGGACGCAGCGCGCAGCGCUGGGAAACCACACCACUGCGCUCCGGCACGCCGCGCCAAACCGGGACCGGGGUGAACAGAGGUGAUCGCUCUCGACCUGGUGCCAGUGUGGGACUGGGUGUUUCACAGGGGCCGGUGGCGGACGCGCUGUCAUUUGCACCUCUCAAGAUGACCUCAGGUAGUAUUCAUCUCUCGGAAGCGCAUGGAAAUCCGCUGCCGGGAUUACAUCUGCACCCGAAACCGGCCUCCGAGUUCUGAUCGGUGUGGCCUGAGAGGCCGUUUUUCUUACAGCCCGACAUGAAGACGCGACCUGAGGGCAUCGGCAGUGCCAACGCGGACUGGAUGGGCUCGCUCCCUCCCAAACUCACUGCCAUGCAGCUCAAAUAUCUCGCUGUGCCAGGGUCCCAUGACUCAUUUACCUACUGGGUGGACGUGCAGGCUCCUGUGGGUCCGGAUCAGAAAGCUUAUGUGGUGUACCUGGCCACCAUCUUCAGGAAUGUUGCAAAGAAGGUCAUGGUGAAGUGGUCCAUGACACAGAACCUGACAUUUAAAGAGCAGCUGGAUGCAGGCAUUCGAUACUUUGACCUGCGGGUCUCCUCCAAACCCAGUGAAUCCGGCAAUGAGAUCUACUUCAUCCAUGGCCUGUUUGGGCACAAGGUGAGGGACGGCCUGACAGAAAUCAACAGCUUCCUGAACAGACACAGGAAAGAGGUGGUGUUUCUGGACUUCAACCACCACUACGCUAUGGAGGCAGAGCACCAUGCUUACCUCAUCAGCCUGAUCCAGGAAGUGUUCCGCGGCAAGCUGUGUCUCGUGUGUGUGGUGGAGGACAUCACCCUGAACUACCUCUGGGACAAGAACUACCAGGUGUUAGUGUUUUACCAUCAUCCUGCUGCCGAGGGAUGUCCUUACCUGUGGCCCGGCAACAGGAUCCCUGCCCCCUGGGCCAACACCAUUGAUCCCAUCAAACUCAUUAAGUUCCUGGACACCACUCUGAGGGAGAGAGCCAAGCAGGGUACCUUCCAUGUGUCCCAGGCCAUCCUCACCCCCAACGCCAACCUUGUGGCCCGGGGCCUGGUGUGGGGGCUACGUAACUACCUAGUCGAGAGAAACCUGCCCACCAUCAUGACGUGGGUUGAGGCUCAGAGACCAGGGGUGGAUGGGGUCAACAUCGUCACCUCGGACUUUGUGGACCUCACUGACUUUGCCAACAUUGUCAUCAGACUCAACAACCUGCUGCUGUCUUAACCCGGCCACAAGCCAACAUGUCACAUGUCCAAUUAAGGUGUGCAGAGCGUUCACACUCCAGCAUGGCAGAGGUUGUAAAGUGGAUGCUACAUCUUUCAUCCAUGAUUUAGCUACAUGUCACAGAAAAUCACCGUUUGACUAUAAGAUUUCUGGGUUACAGCCGUGAGUUGGCUGUAAGCACAAAAUGUUAACAUAAGAACCGUCUAUGAAUGAGGUCCCACGUGAAAGCCUUUUUUAUUCUUCCUUCCAGGAACUCAUGAAAUCCCUUUUGACGUUUUGAAUCUCGGGCUGCAGCUGACAUCCCAAUCAAAGACCAACAGAGAGGAACUGGAGCCCGUACAUUUUUUACCCUGUCAGUAUGAAUAGGGCUGACCAAAUCAUGCCACACCACAGUCCUGGCUUUCUCUUGUUGGUUUCUUUCCUUAUUGUUCCCUUGUAGAAGGAAAUGUGAAAGACAUCACAACUCUUCUGCACAAUGGCAGCUUCAGCACAGGUCACAUAUAACCAUUAGUAACACAUGAUUAUAAGAGAUUAGAUUUUUGAAAGAUUUCAACAGUAUAUUGGGUGCAUGGUUUCUUUGGUGGUGAGUCCCUCUCUUAUUUCAUAUGAUUUUCUGUCACCGGUCACUUCUUGUUUUCUUUGUGUGAUACUGAUCACAUCCCUGCACUUUGUUAUGGUAUGAUCAUAUUUAUGACUUUCCAAAUGAUUAAUUUUCAAUUCUGGGGCUCAUCAAAAACUUAUUUUGCAGACUUUGCCCCUUUAAAUAUGUAUAGCAUGCAAAUUAAAAUUGAUUUUAAAGGUGCACUGAUGCAAAUGGCAGAGGGCUUAUCAAAAUGAGGAUAAUUUAGACUCAGCUGACAAAAAACAUGAGUUGCAUAUACAUGGUUCUCAUUGCUGGCCUCACUGAUAAAUUACUUGAAUAUUCCACAAUUUCUGGCAACACCCACAGCAAUUUUACAUAUUGCACCUUUAAGCAUUGUCUUUUUAGCAGUAUGUGUACAAUAAUAUUAACUACUGGGCUGAAAACGAAUUGGAAAAAGAUUAAUUUGACAAAUUGCUGAUGCAUUCAGAGUUUUUUUUUUUUUUUUUUUUUUAGAGGAACAGGUAAUUGAUUAAGAUUUUUUAGUAUGAUUUUUCAUGUGGCAACAGAACUUGCUGAGCAUGUUUUUGACAUUCACUCAAAAUCUUUGUGGCCUCUAUGAUAAAUCUGGAAUUCAUUGCAUUGAGCCAUACACUCUGUGCAAUUUAAUUAAUGUAAUGAACAAUGAACAUAAGGUAAAAAUGCAUGCUGAUUUUUUUGCGGGGGAUUAGUUGUGUGUACCUGUCCAUGUUUAUGUGUAUCUGUCCACAGCUAAUCUCAAGUACUACUGGGCCUAUCAGCUUAAUAUAUUUUGUGUAGUUACAACUGCAUGAUAAAGGACUUCUCGUGGUAGUGAUUCAAAAGCUUCAACUUCAGGCCGAUAGGUGCCACAAGUCAUCAGCAACUGCUUCAGUUUGUUUCAUUUCUUUCCACUCAAUCAUUUCAUGUCGCCACAGAUUCAAACACGGUUAUAGUCGUGUUUUCUUGCCAGAGAUUGAAAAGUUAACGUAUGUUCUGGAGCAUGUCAGAUGGAGGAUUCCUUUGUUGGUGUUUUCACUUUGAAAUUGCCGGUUUACAUAGCUGGUCUUGUGAAAAUUUUCCUGUACAGAUUUGCACUUCAGUGUAAGACACUUGUGUCUAACCCUAACCCUAACCCUGGUCAUUUCAAAACAUUCAGUAAUGUCAGCCAGCUGCUGAAAUGCCUUUGUCGGUUGACUUAUCACUUAUGGUGGCAUGAUAAUGUAGAUCAUCAGCAUCGUAUCAUCUGCAUAUCAUCUCCCCUUCAUUCCACUACACUAAUGCAUACACACUGGACACCUCAGCGGAGAUCUGAACUCUAUUUAGUGUACUCUUGUAGUUUCUCAGUAUUUUUACUUCUGUGUCAAGGAAAAUCAGUUGCUACAGCUGCUGUGAAAGAUGGCAACUUCAGCCCACUGUGCCAGCACUGUCUCGAUACUCAAGGUUUAACUGUUUAGUAUAACUAGACAUCAAGGGAGAAAUGCAUAGGGGAGGACAAAUACACGUGAGGCAUGUGCAGUAUUGCAUGCUACAUACUCACACAUACAUGCACAUGCACAGCUGUAUGUGUUUAUGUUUAUUGAAGGCUAUAUUCUCAGUAUUUUUCACACCCAUACUUUGGCUGGAGAUGCAGAAAUAGAAACACUCUGCAGUCAAAGUAUGCAGGAGAAAUGCAAACGCAGGAGGUGGAGACCUCAUUAUCUCUCUCACUCCAGAUGGCCAAAUACAUAUGAAACCCAGACUCACAGAUUCACACCAAACACAUGUAUAGCACGGCUUCACGCCUUUUGCAGCUUUUGUGUGUUUCCAGCACCUUUAGAAAUAAAAUAGAUGGCCAUGCAAAUCGUCUUCAUUUCUAUGGACAGCAAUGAAAUACUGGCCAUAUAACAUUUUCCAGCAGCGGUCAGAGAUGUUUGUCGGUGGAUCUGUGUCUAUCUCUGUAUGUAACUGUGUCGAUGUGUGCAUGUGUGUUAGAAAGUGUGUUUAUGUGUGUCUUGUGAGCGCAGUGAUUACUAUGCAUGACACAGACAGUAGUGCUGUGACAGUCACCCAGCAUUCCUGUGGUCUCACUACAGAGAGGGAAAGCACAGGAAAAUGAAAUGGAAAGAAACAGAAAAAUACAGAAAGAAGUGGAAGUAUCGGUACUCAGGCUGAUGAAACAGGGAUAAAAUAAAGGCUGGAAUUAGAAAGGACUGAAAGAGUGAGGCAGCGGAGGGAGUGAUUUAUCUGAGCAGCUGUUUUCUCUCUCAGCAGUUUCAUCUAAAAAGAAAGUAAAUGUUUUCUUUUCAUACCUACCCUCCUCUUUCUCUCUCCCUCCCUCGCUCAUGACUACUUGUGUGAAAUCGUCUGUUCUGGCUAGGCCGCAUUGUUGACACGGUCUAGAGUGGUCACCAAACGAUAUGGUGCACACGCAUGAACACACACACACACACACACACACACACACACACACACACACAUACACGCAUACACACUCUCUCUCUCUCUCUCAAGCACAGGCACUUUAAUUGUGGAGUAAUUACACAUACCAAGGCAGGCGAGUGGGAGAGCAGGGAGCAGCAGCUCAAAUGGAUGGAGAGCCAACCACAUUCCUCUGUUGUUUGGUUUGGUCCUCUCUCUCCCUCUCUUUCUCUCUCUCCCUCUCUUUCUCUUUUCUCUCCCUCUUUCUCUCUCCCUCUCCGUUGUAUUCCAGUUGGCUUCCCAGGUUUUGAAGGAGAAGCAUAAUAUUUAUAAUCUUGUUACACAAACAUGGUACCUGUCCUAAAGCAAUAAAAACUGUCAUUUGUUCUUCUGCGCUAAGAGUGCCUCCAUGCAUUUGUUGCUUAUGUCUGUGUGUGGCAGCAGAGAGUCUCAUAUUCUACAAACUUCACCCACAACAGUGUGAACUUUCACAUACAAAGGUUUGUUUGAAAGACGAUCACAUCCAAUCCCAACAACGUCUGCUACAUCACCACCUUAAGUUCACUCUUCUGCACUUUAGUUCUUCUCUGCAUUUGCAUCCCACCACCCCCAACUGUUCCUCGUAAAGUCAUCAUCAGCAUCACCUCCCUGUCCUCAUCUCUAAUUAUAGCAAAUACCAUCCAUUGGGAGUGUUUCAGCACAAUCGGCAUCCUCUAUCAGGGCUGACUAAGGGCUCACUUUGCUCUGCUGUGUCAGAGCCAAAUAUGUUGCUGAUCCAGAUUUAAUAUGCACAAUGUUAUGUCAAGUUAAGCUGAAGUUGUUAUGUUCUUGCUUUUGCACUUUGCUUGCUUGUAAUUCAUGUUUCUGUAACCCUCAUUUAGUGGUACAUAAAAACUAUGACCUCCAGCCAGCAACCAACACAAGACAUAUAGCCAACAAUGUUAACAAAAAUCAAUUAUGUUUUACAUAAUUAAGUAGUUAAUUUAUGUUUUGAAAAACCCUCUUAAUAUAACUUACAUCAGUAUGAUACUACGUGUAUUAUGACCUGACAUUAUGGCUAUGACAUCAUACACAUUUAUCUCAAUUUUCCUAUGCUUUGUCUGCUAUAUUUUGUAUGUAAUGAUAUCUAUCUAUCUAUCUAUCUAUCUAUCUAUCUAUCUAUCUAUCUAAAACAAUGGGUUAAGUGUUGGGAAAAUAAAAAGGUGCAUAAAUUGA